UCUAGAUCUAUGUACAAUGUAGAUCUACAACUUACACUAUGACUAUUAUUACAUUUAAAUUCUCUAAAUGUAGAUCUAUAUCUAUAUCUAGAUCUAUAUUAUUAAUAUGUUUGUGGCAAUUAAGUUUUUCGCACUGCCAGCAAAAACAAGACUGGACAUGGCUGGGUGGGGAUGAAGGAGCUGGUCAACUCAGUACAGUCAACUACCCUGGAGGUAGAAGUGCUUCUGGUGUCUGGCCACACAAUGACAGUGUUUUUAUAUUUGGUGGAAAAGGCUUUUCAGAUUUGUCAACAGGUAGUCCACACUUACUAAAUGAUGUUUGGCAGUUUCAAACAGCGACCAACUCAUUUCAUCUUCAUCACCCUGGGACAUUUCCAGGCACAGCCUUAGAGAAUGUGCCGGAGAGUCGGCAACAUCCAUGUGUUUGUGGUCAUGAUGAUGCAAUCAUUGUUUUUGGUGGGUUAGGGGCUGGAGGAUUUGGGCUGUCAGAUUUAUGGGCUUACAACAUAAAUACAAAAAACUGGAGCCAAGAAUCAGAUAAAUCAAAGAACUCAUCACUGCCUUCAGGUCGAGGUCAGUCAGCCGUUUGGUGCUAUAACUCAUCUAUGUAUGUGUUUGGCGGUAUGAGUCACAAUUCUGUGUUUCAUGAUAUGUGGAGACUUAAUUUAACAUCGUUAACGUGGACAAGGCUGUGGGACGAGGACAGCUUGAAUGUUACAUACAGCAGCCUAAAAAGCCCAAUGAAUGUUACAAUAAGAAGACCAAUGGGGAGAAAUGGAGCUGCUGCCUGGGUCAGUGAUGAUACUUUUUAUUUGUUUGGUGGAAAUACUGAUCCUACAUUUGCAUACAACCUGCAGCAGACAUCAGGACUUGCUUCUGAUCUCUGGAAGUACCAUCCAAGUCACAACUCUUGGCACUUUGUUGCAGGGCCAACUGAGACUGGGCAGGGAUCUCGUCUAAAUGGCAUUGGCACAUUUUCUCCAUCCAACGUUCCAGGGUGUCGCAGAGGUGCAGCAAGUUGGGCAGACGCUGAAGGAAAUCUUUGGCUGUUUGGUGGUGCUGGCAAGGACAGCCAGCCUGACUCUCCCCGCCAGACCAGCAAACUGUUGUCUGAUUUGUGGAGAUUUCACGUCCGUCUACACCAGUGGGCGUUCAUGGGUGGGAGUCAGAUUGGGGACCUAGCGGGCUCGUAUAAAGCCAAACAUGAAGACAAACAUACAAGCUUCCCUGGCUCUCGUACAGAGAUGCUGGUGUGGAGGAGCCACACGCAUGUGGCUGAGAUAUUUGGAGGGUUGGGACAUGACGGGAGAAAGCUGGAUGGCUACCUCAAUGACCUGUGGAGUGUGGACUUUACUGCAGCUUUUACAAGAGAGUACAUGAUUUCACCACUAACUGCUGUUUUGUUUUUUGGAGUCGGCACAGGAACUCUUCUUCUUUUGAUGGUUUUUAUUUUGUGGUCUAGAAAACCUUGCAGGAAAAGUCUUGAUUACAGCUACAUGAGAGUCCAUGUUGAUGACAUUUGAUGUCAUUGACAUUUGUAAAGUUAAUUAUGUCAGCAGCUAAUUAUGUUGGUUACCUUAAUAGACCAAGUUAUUAUAAAAUGUCUUCAAUAAUUGCAUCAAAUCCAUUAUUAUCUAUUUUUAUUUACAAACAUUAAAGUAGAAGGUGAUUAAAAAUGAUAUAAAUUCUAAAUAAUAGUCUACC